ACCUUAUGAAUUGAAAUUUCGCAAUGAAUUUUUCUCACAUUUGGGAGGCUUGCGCGUGUUAAAAUUAAUGAAUAUGAGAAUCACACACGUGCCGAUUUCCAUAGGUUACCUGGAACAAUUAAGGUACCUUGACCUAUCCUACAAUGUUUUCGAAGCACUCCCUAAUUCUAUAUGUAGGUUGUAUAAUCUGCAAACAUUAAGACUUGAGAGUUGUUGGUAUUUUAAAGAGUGGCCCAGAGAUAUCACAAAAAUGGUUAGCCUUAGACAUCUUCAGUUGGAUGAGACAUGUAGCUUUAUGCAAUACAUGCCACGUGGGUUGGGGCAGUUGUCUUCUCUUCAGACUUUGUCAUAUUUCAUUGAGAGCGACGAAAGGAGGAGGAGAGGUGGUGGGCUUGGGGAGUUGCAUGGCCUAACCCAGCUUCGAGGGGAGUUAUUUAUCGGGAACCUUGGAAAUUUGAAAGAUGCCAGAGUUGCCAAGGAAGCAAAUUUGAAGGACAAGUCAGAGCUUCAAUCUUUGAGAUUGUAUUGGGAUUUUUCAGUAGAUAAUAGGAGGAGGUCAUCAGUAGAAGACCAAGUGUUGGAGAAUCUCCAGCCGCACUAAAAUCUCAAGGAAUUGAGUAUUAAAUAUUACGAAGGCAUCAAGAUGCCACGUUGGAUGUUACACUCUUCUUAUUCCCUCCUACUCCCAAAUCUGGUGGAACUUACGAUACAUAAAUGUCAUAAGCUCAUAUGUUUGCCAUUAGUUGGUGAAUUCCCUUGCCUUAGGCGUCUCCAUCUAUUACAUUUAGAAGCCUUGGAGUCCAUAUGCAAUAAAGUGGUGAUGACUGAGAGGGGAAAUAAUAACAAUAAUAAUAAUGAAGGAAGAGGAAGAGGAAGACAAGAAGGAAAAGCAUUAUUAAUGGUACUAUUUCCAAUGCUACAGCAACUUGAACUCUUGUCGAUGCCAAAUCUGGACAGGUGGACAAUCUCAGUAGGAGAAGAAGAAGAAGAAGCACAACAAAAUAAUCAUUUGCAUUUUCUGCCUUCGAUGUUUCCACGUCUCAUUGACUUGAAGUUGCAAUAUUGCAAAAAGUUGACAACAAUGCCAAUGCUUUCGGUGGAGGGAAUGCAACAGCUCACCUCCCUCCGAAUGUUGAAAUUGGAAUGCCUUGACAAAUUGGUGUCUCUACCUGAUUUCCCUGCUCCUGCAACACUAGAAUUUCUAGACAUCAUAAACUGUCCUAGUCUGGUGAGAUUACCAGACUGCUUCUUUGACAAUCUCAAGUUACUUUCUGAGUUUGAAAUUUCAAAUUGUAAUGAGUUGACAUCUCUACCACAAGGGAUUCAACAUCUCAUUGCACUGAGACGACUGAAAAUUGGCCAAUGCUCCAAUUUGUCAUCUCUACCACAAGGGAUUCAAAAACUCACCGCAUUGAUAGAUCUGGAUAUUUCUAGAUGUCCGAGUCUAAAGAUAUUACCAGAGGGCUUGGGAAGUCUCUCAUCACGUCGAGAGCUCAAGAUACAAUAUUGCUCCAAUUUAUCGUCUCUACCAGAAGGGAAUUGGAACCUAACUUCACUAAAAACAUUGAACAUUUGGAUAUGUCCAAUUCUGAAUACAUUAUCAGAUGGCUUGGGAAGUCUCUCAUCACUUCAAGUGCUUCAGAUUGAUGGUUGCUCUAAUUUAUCGUCUCUAUCAGAAGGGAUUCGGCACCUCAUUGCACUAAAAGAACUGAGAAUUUCAGAAUGUCCAGGUCUAAAGACAUUACCGGAGGGUAUGGGAAAUCUCUCAUCACUUCAAAAGCUUGAGAUUCAUGAUUGCUCCAAUUUAUCGUCUCUACCAGAAGGGAAUUGGAACCUCACUUCACUAAAAACAUUGAAGAUUUGGAAAUGUCCAAUUCUGAAUGCAUUAUUAGAUGGCUUGGGAAGUCUCUCAUCACUUCAAGAGCUUGAGAUUCAUGGUUGCUCCAAUUUAUCGUCUCUACCAGAAGGGAUUCGGCACCUCAUUGCACUAAAAGAACUAAGAAUUUCAAAAUGUCCAGGUCUAAAGACAUUACCGGAGGGUAUGGGAAAUCUCUCAUCACUUCAAGAGCUUGAGAUUCAUGAUUGCUCCAAUUUAUCGUCUCUACCAGAAGGGAUUCAGCACCUCAUUGCACUAAAAGAACUGAGAAUUUCAGAAUGUCCAGGUCUAAAGACAUUACCGGAGGGUAUGGGAAAUCUCUCAUCACUUCAAGAGCUUGAGAUUCGUGAUUGCUCCAAUUUAUCGUCUCUACCAGAAGGGAUUCGGCAACUCAUUGCACUAAAAGAACUGGGAAUUUCAAAAUGUCCAGGUCUAAAGACAUUACCGGAGGGUAUGGGAAAUCUCUCAUCACUUCAAGAGCUUGAGAUUCGUGAUUGCUCCAAUUUAUCGUCUCUACCAGAAGGGAUUCGGCAACUCAUUGCACUAAAAGAACUGGGAAUUUCAAAAUGUCCAGGUCUAAAGACAUUACCGGAGGGUAUGGGAAAUCUCUCAUCACUUCAAGAGCUUGAGAUUCGUGAUUGCUCCAAUUUAUCGUCUCUACCAGAAGGGAUUCGGCAACUCAUUGCACUAAAAGAACUGGGAAUUUCAAAAUGUCCAGGUCUAAAGACAUUACCGGAGGGUAUGGGAAAUCUCUCAUCACUUCAAAAGCUUGCGAUUCAUGAUUGCUCCAAUUUAUUGUCACUGCCAGAAGGGAUUCAGCACCUCCCUGCUCUUCAUCGGCUGUCAAUUAAUAAUUGUCCAUGUUUGAGAUCAUUACCCGGUGGGCUCGCAUCGCAUGGUGCACUAGAUAUUUCAAAUUGUCCUAAUCUGUCCCUUUCUUGGGGUUGGAGGUGUCGUGAAAUAUUAAGAAAUCUCUCGUAGCAGCUACUACUGACCCUUCAAGACAGCUGAGCUACUCCCUGGAUUCAAGCCUCUCUAUUUGAAGAUGAUAACGAAUGUGGAAAGGAAGUAACACUUCUCAUCUUCUUCAGAGGAACUUUGAAGUAUGAACAGAGGAAUUAGAAGACUGAUACGAUACAUUGCUUUGAUCGUUUCUUUCAUUUAUUUCUGUUGAUCAAGCGCAUACUGAACAUAGCUUAAAUGAAGGAACCGCCUUGCUGGUUUGAAGGUCUGCCCACAUCAUUCUGAAGAAGAAGAUGAUGUACUAUUCAGGCAUGGGAUCUGCAUGGACGAAGAACUAAGCAAUGACUCUGAACACCACAAAGCUCAGCAAAGAAAUUUUUGUUUUGAAAUUCCCCGAAUUCAACACUUGAAUGUGGAAGAAGCCACCACCAAUGGUUGUAAGAUGAGAAGGCAAUGUAGGAUUUGGUGGCCCAAGCAGCUCUCAUCUUCCAACCCCGAUCCCGCCAUCUUGUUCGGGUGGUUCAUCGAUUCUUUGCACUCUUCUCUCGACAUUGUUGUAGCCGUUGCAGCUUCUCCAGAUGAGAUUUCGGUCUCUUUCCUUCGAUAUGGCCUUAAGGACAAAUCAACAUUUACUAUAUUUGGGCUCUCUGUUGCCAUUUGUUGCUUAAAUUUGCCGCUGCGAAUUGUUAAAACUGAUACAGAGGGUAACACAAAGCCCACCAAUUAUGGAAAAGGAUAUACACAGGAGAACCAAGAUUUAUGCGGAGAAAAGUUUGGAAACUGGUACCAUGAAUGCCACAAAUUAGGAAGAAUUCUAAUAGGCAUUGUAUUUGGAUCCAAUUAUCUCUCGACUCCCAUGGAUUAUAUUCUAAAAAUAUCUGCUGGAUUCCUAAGUUGCAUCACAUACACUGGGGGGGGGGGUGGAAAUAGUGUCUACAACUGAUCUUCACGUAUGUAAUAUUUUAUGAUCCACCCACAUUUGAAUGCAUCAUUUCUCUCUGACUUCUGGGUGUUCAAUGGAGGAAGUAAAAUUGCCCCUUAAGAGACCUGAGUGGGUCAGCAAACUAAAUCAAAAGCAGCCACUCCCUGACAUGGAUACAGUUGUCCCGGCAAUUAAUAGUGCAUAUGCUGCAAAAACAUUAUUUGAGAGUCAUUUGCUUGUUCUGGCUGGUUUCUAUUGUGUGGCAUGGAGCCAUGUUUGUUGCUUCUUUCUGCACUUUAUUUUAUAUAGUUCUUCAGUUCUGUCAUGGCCUUCUGAGCUACGGAUCAGAUUCAUUGGGUUACAAGAUCUUAGCAAGGGUAUGCAGACAUACAUGGAAGAAUGUCCAUAUCUGCAGUUAUCAGCUUCUGUAUUAGUCAACUGUUGGUCAAUCUGGUGCUUCAGGUCUCAAGCAAGUGUGGAUAUGUAGAGAGGUCAAGUGUAGCUGUUGAUAUUCUUUUGGGAAAUUUGGAUGGCUCUAUGUUGUUAGUCAUGAACAAUUUGGUUCAGGUUUCAAACUGAAUAUGGAGCUAGCAGGUAAAAUUAAUAUAUAGACACACAACUCUGAUCCAUAUCCAUAUCCAUAUCCAUAUCCGCAGCUGUGAGCUUCUGCAUUGAUCAACCGUUGGUCAAUCUGGUGGUUUCAGUUGAACCAGAACCAUGACUUGCAUGGUACAGAGGCAUCUCUUACCUCUUGGAGAUCAUUCUUUCAAGAGGUAACAAAAGAUGAUGGACUGCUUGGAAAAAUUGUGCCAUGCAAAAUGCAUGACCUGGUGCAAGUUUGAUCGUAGAUUUUUCUUCUUUAUGUAGCAAGAUAAUCCAAGAGAAGCUUGGCAAAAUGAAGAUUGGCAAAAUAUGUCAGGGAUCUAAUUUUCAAUGACAUCAGAGAAGCUUCAAUUCUUCUUUAAUGUCAUGUGAGGUUUCUUCGGUUGAUGAUCUUCUAAUGCAAAGACAACUUGGUACUUCGACCUCUAAUCCGAACCAAUCUAGAAUUAUUGAAGUAAAGUGGGUGUUUCCAGACCUUUCAGUGAAAUGCUGCUUAUUGGGUAUAUCUUCAAAUUACUUUGCAGAUUUUUCAACCUUCUUCCUUGGGCUGGAAUUGGCGAAAUAGAAAGGAGCUAUUCAUUUAUGGAUGCAUGGAAAAUGAUUCAAGUGCAAUGUUUCUUUGUAUUACUAAUCAAACAAUCCCAUGGAGAUUCCGGCAAAAAUGGGAUUAUUACAAGCCUUUUCCAACAUUCAAUCUCUUGGAGGAUGUCGCACUCUGACAGGGAAAUGAAUUCAGUGGCGGAUACAAUGGCUAAAAAAAGUGCCCCUCUUUGGUUUUUUUAUUUUUUUUCCUAGGUUGUUUGGGAAUCUGUUUAUUUAUUUAUUUUUUAUCUUAAUAUGUUGGUUGGCUCAUGGAGCUGCUGAUGGCCAUGCCGAAGGUGGUUCCUUGGGUAUUUCAGUUUUUGGUUUGUCUUUUAGUUUCUGCUGAUGGCUAUACUGAAGGUGGAACUAUUAGACAUCAUAUAUUUUUUUUGUUAUCCAUUCGGAUAUGUCUGGACAUUUUAAGUUGUACAGCCUCAUCUAUUUUACUA